GCAUCAACAUAUCAGAACUUGAAUUUGUAUAUCUAAGCAAAAGUGUGAAACUUUGUGUUCUAAAAGAAACAAGAAAGAAAAUGAAUCAAUCUCAGGAUGCUAGCUUCCAAGCUGGGCAGGCCAAGGGCCAAGCUCAGGAGAAAUGCAGCCAGAUGGCUGACAAGGCUAGCAAUGCUGCCCAGUCUGCCAAGGAAUCAUGCCAAGAGGCUGGUCAGCAAAUGAAGGCUAAGGCACAGGGAGCAGCUGAUACUGUUAAGGACAAACUUGGAGCGAACAAGUGAAGAGCAGAACUAUUUUUUGUUUAGUUUUCUUUACUUUCUGCAGUUUCUACUGCCUUUUUUUCUGCUUUAAUUUCCAAUUUUCAUUGUCAAGGGCUGGUUAUUGAUCUUUCUUUCUAAUUAAGAAGAUCUCCCAGUUUUUUUUUAUGUAAUGAUUCAAUAAGAUUUCUCAGAAGUUUUUGGCAA